AUGUCUUCCGGAGCGACGAGGACGAAAAGACGGACGGGGGAAAGAGAUGCUUUGGUGUUGUGGGAUGUGAUCGUGAAGUGCGACGAUAUUUGUUUCACGCAUGUUUUGCCGAGAUUGAAUGGGACCGAUGUGAAAUUCUUGUACGAGGUGAAUACGGAGACGAGAAAGUUAAUUAAGAGAUCGUCACGCAAGGGGGAGUUGGAAGAGAGGUUUAAGAUCGAAGAGAUGUCGUCGAUAUCGACUUUGGAGUUUACGUGGGAACAUUAUCCAUGGGGCACAUAUGACCACGAAGUGGAAGAAGAGAUGGACGAACCAUAUUUCUGCUGUAACGUUGCUCUAACGAAUAAACUCGAGUUGCUCAAGUGGACACGAGAGGAGAAAAAGUGUCAGUGGGAUAGAAGGACGAUUAAUAGGGCCGCAUUAAAAGGUAAUCUGAAAAUGGUAAAGUAUUGCAUUGCAAAUGAGUGUCCUAUUAAUGAGUGGGCGUGUGUACUUGCUGCCGAAAACGGUCAACUCGAGUGCCUCAAAUACCUCCGCGAAGAAGUCAAAUUGCCUUGGGAUUCUUGGACUGCCACAAGGGCGGCUCAAAAUGGUCAUCUUCAUAUACUCGAAUAUCUUGUCGAGCGUAAGUAUGAUAAAUAUAGCGAAUUGGCGUGUGCAGAUGCGGCCAAGUUCGGCCACUUAGACUGUUUGAAGUACUUGCGCGAAACCGCCAAAGCGCCGUGGGACAAAUAUGCGGUACGAGACGCGCACAAGAACAACCACUCCGAAUGUGUACAAUACCUCCUCGACAAUAACUGUCCUCUCCCACGCGGUUGGUCUUACAAAGACGGAACUUUACACACCUCGUAA